AAGGAUGUAGACAUUCUGACACCUAUGAUCUCCUACGUAUUGUUUGGUUAAUUUUGAGAGGCUGUGGUGACUGAUGUCAUUUCAAAUGAUGUUUUUACUCAGAAACUCAAAGAGGAAGUUUUAUCAUCAGCUGCACCAGCCGGACACAAAAAGUCUCAGAGAUCAUCGGCUGUCUCCAGAGAACACACAGAGAAUGGCUCGACUGGAAUUACUCCUCAUAUUUGUGAUUCAGUUUGAAGGCAUCAGUGGAAGAGAAUCCUUUCUCUAUAAGAGACCUGGACAAAAAGCUGUUCUGUCCUGUACCACUGAAUCAUCCUCCCCCCCAACAUGCUCCAUGGUUACGUGGCUUUACAACAGAGAUCAACCUGAGACUCUCACUGAGGUCAGGAAUGGAAAAGUUACAGAGAGAUCAGCCCGAGCUGCCAGGCUGAGUGUGAACACUGACUGCUCUUUGGUCAUUAACACCAUCACUGCUGAGGAUGCUGGUCAAUACAUCUGUCGGCAGGGGGGAGACACUAAGAAUGUAUAUACAUAUCUAAGUGUUCUGACAAUCUCUCCAUCUCCACCAGACGCUGAUCCAAAGAGGGACGGUGAAGUCACAUUAGAGUGCUCUCUGAUUAGAAUUGACCAUCCUUGUCUAGAGAACAGCAUCCGCUGGGUGGAUGAGACAGGAGCUGAGCUGCUUGGUGAAGGUGAUGGGUACCGUGUCCUCCAACAGACGGACUGUGUCUCUCGUCUGACUGUGAAGCGUCAGAGUGGCCACAACAGGAAGUACACCUGCCAGUUUGGUGAAAGCUCUUACAUCAAGAUAGAGGCUGACUACACACUUGACUUCACAGAAGAGAUGACGCAUAAUCAGACAGAAAUAUCUAACCCAGAUCCCACAGGUGUGUCUCCUCUGAGCUACGUCAUGUGGACUGCGCGUGUUGCCGGACUGAUCCUCAUGAUUGUCAUCACCGUUCUUGUCAUCAGAAACAAAUUGAACACAAAACCACUUGAAAAUGACAAUAAUGUGAAUAAUGGCGUCGACGUCCAGUAUGAAAACGUGGAAGCACGUCCUGCUGCUGCUCGACCGCAGUGAUCAACAACUUCAGAUCAUCAGAAAGUCAAAUACCAUCAGUCAUUGUACUCAUGUGAUCAAAGCUUUCAGUUUAAAUGAUUGGUUUAUAUUUAGGAUGCAUAUAGCUCGUUCUUCAUAU